AUGACUGCGACAGGAACGAGCGUUUCGCUCCUCAAGUUUGUGGGCACUGUCUCACUUGGCUUGCUGACGGGCGUCUCAUACUCCAUCUCAUCUCUCGCCCUCCCUGCCCUUCUCCGACUUCCUUCCUCAGCUUCCGCCUCUUACGGCCUCUCUACCCUCAGCGCAGCCCUCAAGACACCUGUUCUGGCCCUCACGUCUCUCGCUUCUGCGCCGUUCGUCAUUAGCUUCUUCCUCGCUCCCCGCUCAUCUCGCCAUCCCUACCUUCUCUACACAGCCCUCCUCGCCACUCUAUCUUCCGUCGCCCCCAUCCUUAUUCCUACACCUACACCUGCUCCUAGACGUGCCGCUUCAUCGGCGCCUCGAAAGUCUUCGCGUGCUAAGAUGGAGGCCAGCUACGAAGUUCUAGGCGAUGCUCAUAGUGAGCCCGCCAGCGACGAAGAUAUCGAAGACAUCAAUGGCGAGGAAGUUCGAGCUGAGGUCGAGGGUCUUACGCGAGGCUACCUCGCCCGAACAGCUAUUUCCGCCCUGGGAUUUGCCAUGGCAGUUGUUGGUAUCUGGGGUGAUGGUGCACCCCAGUCUGUUGUCUACGUCUCAUAA